AUGCUGUGAUACACUUUAACACUUCCCGAAAAAGUCAACGAUCAAAAUCCUUCCUCCAACAAGAGACCCCAAAAAGGGGGAAAAAGAAACACAGAUUACUUACUCAGUACCCUGUUUUUUGUUCAUCUAUUUUUUCCUUUUCCGACUAUUCCCGAAAGGGAAAACCCUUCUUUACAAUGAAAUCCGAGACUUUAACUUUGGUUUUAGUGAACCUAGCUGGGAUAAUGGAACGAGCCGAUGAAUCAUUAUUGCCUGGGGUUUACAAAGAAGUUGGCGCCGCUUUGCAUACGGAUCCGACGGGGUUAGGCUCCCUCACACUGUAUCGAUCCAUAGUUCAAUCUUCUUGUUAUCCUUUAGCUGCUUACCUUGCUAUGCAUCACAACCGUGCUCAUGUCAUUGCUCUUGGCGCUUUUCUUUGGGCUGCUGCCACAUUUCUCGUCGCCAUUUCCACCACUUUCCUCCAGGUUGCACUUUCAAGAGGUUUGAAUGGGAUUGGCCUUGCCAUUGUCAUACCAGCCAUUCAAUCCCUUGUUGCUGAUUCAACCGAUGAUAGUAACCGUGGUAUGGCUUUCGGAUGGCUUCAAUUGACUGGAAACAUCGGUUCGAUCCUAGGCGGUCUAUGCUCAGUCCUUAUUGCCUCAAAAACGAUCAUUGGCAUACCUGGCUGGCGAUUUGCAUUCCAUCUGGUUGGGAUAAUUAGUGUCGUAGUUGGUAUUUUGGUCUGCUUUUUCACUAAUGAUCCACGAUAUUCAGAUCGCGACAAUGUAGCCAAAGACCAUGCUGCAUGUAAGUCAUUUUCAUUGCGGGUGAAGGACAUGAUAAAUGAAGCAAAGUCAGUUAUGAGAAUCCCAACUUUCCAAGUCAUUGUUGCUCAAGGUGUUUCAGGAUCAUUUGCAGGAUCAGCUUUGGCAUUUGCUCCAAUGUGGCUCGAGCUAAUCGGCUUCUCCCACGAAACAACGGCACUGAUCAUGACACUUUUUGUGAUCUCGGGUUCAAUUGGAGGUCUCUUUGGAGGAUGGAUGGGAGAUAUUCUUGCGAAACGCUUCCCGAAUGCAGGAAGAAUUAUUCUGUCACAGAUAAGCUCGGGUUCUGCAAUCCCGAUAGCUGCGGUUUUGAUGCUGGCAUUACCUGAUAAUCCCUCCACUGCAGUUGCCCAUGGUCUGGUCUUUUCCAUCUUGGGACUAUGGAUGUCAUGGAAUGCUCCAGCAACCAACAAUCCGAUAUUUGCGGAGAUCGUCCCUGAGAAAUCCAGAACAAGUAUCUAUGCGUUGGAUAAUUCGUUCGAGUCUAUAUUGGCAUCUUUUGCUCCUCCUAUUGUUGGGAUUUUGGCUCAGCUUGUUUUUGGUUAUAAACCGAUACCGGAAGGAUCAUCGGACUCAAUCGAGAUCGAGACAGAUAGAGAGAACGCUGCAUCGCUUGCUAAGGCAUUGUACACUGCAAUUGGAAUUCCGAUGGCAAUCUGUUGCUUCAUUUACUCAUUCCUCUAUUGCACGUAUCCGAGAGACCGGGAAACAGCACGAAUGCAAGCACUGAUAGACUCGGAAUUGCAAGACACAGAGGAAAAUUACUCUCUUUCAAGUUGCGGAAAACCCGGAUUUCAUGUCGUAAACUCUAAAAAGCUUGAUGACGAGGAAAGGAGUGAAAGUUACAUAGAGUUUGGAGGGGAGAAGAGGCUCGAUUUCGAAAAUAAUGACGACAAGAAGUCCCUUCUGCAUCAUGAUCAAUAAUCAACACCGGCUUGAUUCUCAUACUAAGAAGGCUUCAACAACUUGGUUUCUUACGGAAACUCAACUUUUCAUGUCAACCGAAUUUUUAAGGAUCAAAAUGAUUUAUCUUAGCUCAUUAAUCUAAUGAUUCACAGGUGAUCA